AUGUCGGAUACAGAUAAAAUAAACAUUGAUUCGAUCAUCUCCAGACUUCUUGAAGUUCGAGGCAGCCGACCUGGCAAAGCUGUUCAGCUGACAGAGCAAGAGAUCCGAGGACUAUGUUUAAAAUCCCGCGAGGUGUUCCUGGCGCAGCCAAUCCUUCUCGAGCUUGAGGCCCCGUUGAAAAUCUGCGGCGACGUUCACGGCCAAUACUACGACUUGCUCCGUCUCUUCGAGUACGGCGCCUUCCCUCCAGAGUCCAACUAUUUGUUCUUGGGAGACUACGUCGAUCGAGGAAAGCAGUCCUUGGAAACUAUCUGCCUCCUCCUCGCUUACAAAAUCAAAUACCCAGAGAACUUUUUCCUUCUCCGUGGAAACCACGAAUGCGCCUCUAUCAACAGAAUCUACGGCUUUUACGACGAAUGCAAACGGCGAUAUAACAUCAAGCUUUGGAAAACGUUCACAGAUUGUUUCAACUGCCUUCCACUCGCGGCUAUCAUCGAUGAAAAGAUCUUCUGCUGCCACGGCGGUCUCAGUCCUGAUCUCGAAUCCAUGGAACAGAUCAGAAGAAUCAUGCGCCCAACAGACGUUCCCGACCAGGGUCUUCUAUGCGAUCUGCUCUGGUCCGAUCCAGACAAAGAAACGCAAGGCUGGGGCGAAAACGACAGAGGCGUCUCUUACACAUUCGGCGCAGAAGUCGUCGCCAAAUUCUUAUACAAGCACGAUCUCGAUUUAAUAUGCAGAGCCCAUCAAGUGGUGGAAGACGGAUACGAGUUCUUUGCAAAGCGACAGUUGGUUACACUCUUCUCGGCGCCAAAUUACUGCGGCGAAUUUGACAACGCGGGAGCUAUGAUGUCAGUGGACGAAACCCUCAUGUGUUCCUUCCAGAUCCUAAAACCUGCCGAUAAAAAGAAGAAUAACAGAUUUCCGAAGUUUUAA